AUGGGUAUAAACAAUCUGUCGAUAGAAAGUGAUAGUCUUCCAAAUAAUCUUCCUUAUUCUCGUCAAAAUCUUGCUGAUCGUAUUGCAUUAUGUAUUCAAGAAAAAUUCAGUCAAUUAACUCAAAAUAAUGCACGUCUUCAACGACGAAAAGUUUUAUCUGGUAUUGUUCUUCUACAUAAUUAUAAUCUUGAAACAAUGGAAGUAAUUUGUAUAACAACAGGUACAAAAUGUAUUAAUAGUAAUCGUUUAACACGGCAUGGACAAACAUUACAUGAUUGUCAUGCUGAAAUAUUAGCACGUCGUUGUCUUAUUCGUUAUUGUUAUGAACAAUUAAAAUUAUUUCUUAAUGAAAAAUAUGAUGAAACAAUUUUUGAAAAAAUUUAUAAUAAUAAUCGAUAUCAACUUAAAUCAUCAAUUACAUUUCAUUUAUAUAUUUCAACAGCUCCAUGUGGUGAUAGUCGACUUAUUUCACAACAAGAAAUUACAUGUGAAAAAUCAUCAUUUAUAAAUGUAAAUCAAAAUUUAAAAUAUUCAUUAAGAAAAUCUUGUGGAUUAUUACGAAGAAAAAUUGAAGUUAGUGAAGGUACAAUACCUGUUUUAGCUAAAACAAUAUAUGAAAAUAUACAAACAUGGGAUGGAAUACUUGCUAAUGAACAACUUUUAACUAUGUCUUGUUCAGAUAAAUUAUGUCGAUGGAAUUUUAUUGGUUUACAAGGUGCUUUAUUAAGUACAUUAAUUAAUCCAAUUUAUUAUACUAGUGUUAUCAUAGGAAGUUUGUAUAAUAGUGAACAUAUUCGACGAGCAUUAUUUUCUCGAAUAGAACAUAAAGUGUAUAAUAUUCCAACUCCAUAUGGAUUACGACGACCAUUUAUCUCAGAUAUCAAGAGUUCGGAAAUGAGAAAUACGAUACGAUCAUCAAAUCAUGCAUUUAUCUGGAAUUGUAUUGAUCAAAAAUGUGAAAUCAUUGAUAGUACAAGUGGAUUGACAAUAUCACGUAAGAUUUCAUUUUUUUCAUGA